AUGGACUCACCGGGAGACCCCGAAGGCCCACGCCCCGCAGGAGGUGAUGGCCCUCCAGGAGUUGCAAUGGAGACAUCCAGGCGGCUUUCAAGAGAACAGAUUUUUGUACUGAUAUCAACAGCUUCCAUUAACUUAGGUUCCAUGAUGUGCUAUUCUAUCCUUGGACCUUUUUUCCCCAAGGAGGCUGAAAAGAAAGGAGCCAGCAAUACAGUUAUUGGUAUGAUCUUUGGAUGUUAUGCUUUAUUUGACUUUCUGGCAUCUUUGGUAUUUGGAAAAUAUCUUGUACAUAUUGGAGCGAAAUUUAUGUUUGUAGCAGGAAUGUUUGUCUCAGGAGCAGUUACAGUUCUCUUUGGUCUCUUGGACCAAGUUCCAGAAGGACCAGUGUUUAUUGCUAUGUGUUUUCUACUGAGAAUAACUGAUGCAAUAAGUUUUGAGGCAGCAAUAACUGCAUCUUCUUCUAUCCUUGCAAAGGCUUUUCCAAACAACGUGGCCACAGUAUUGGGAAGUCUUGAGACUUUCUCUGGCCUGGGGCUUGUGCUGGGGCCUCCUCUGGGUGGCUUUUUGUAUCAGUCCUUUGGAUAUGAGGUGCCUUUCAUUUUUCUGGGAUGCAUAGUUCUGCUGAUGGUUCCCCUCAACAUGUGUAUUUUACCCAAUUAUGAGUCUGAUAAAGGGAAACACUCAUUCUGGAAACUCAUCGCUUUACCCAAGGUUGCCUUUUUAUCCUUUGUCAUCACCUCAUUCAGCUCCUGUUUUGGCUUCCUUGAUCCUACACUCUCCCUCUUUGUUUUGGAGAAGUUUAAUUUACCAGCUGGAUAUGUGGGAUUGGUAUUCCUGGGUUUGGCACUGUCCUAUGCCAUUUCUUCACCACUGGUGGGCCUGCUCAGUGAUAAAAUGCCACACCUGAGGAAAUGGCUUCUGGUUUUUGGAAACUUAACCUUAGCAGGUUGCUACAUGCUCUUAGGACCUACCCCCUUCUUGCACAUUAAGAGUCAGCUCUGGUUGCUGGUGCUGAUAUUAGUCAUAAAUGGUAUCUCUGCUGGAAUGAGCUUAAUUCCAAUUUUCCCAGAGAUUCUCUCUUGUGCACACGAAAACGGAUUUGAAGAAGGAUUAAGUACCCUGGGGCUUGUGUCGGGUCUCUUUGGUGCAAUGUGGUCAGUUGGUGCCUUUGUAGGACCAACGCUGGGGGGAUUUCUCUAUGAGAAAAUCGGUUUUGAAUGGGCAGCUGCUCUCCAGGGUCUCUGGGCUCUGACCAGCGGACUAGUGAUGGGCUUGUUUUAUCUAUUGGAGCACUUGAGGAGAAGGAGGAGAUCUGAACUUCAAAAUAUCCUUGGCACAGAGGAGGAACGGACUGCUCUCUUGUCUGAUGAAAGGUAG